AUGAAUAGUCAGAAAUAAGAUGAUGAAAAGUACAAAAAAUUUUAAUGCAAAAUAUGUCUAGACUUAGCAACAGAGCCAGUUAUCACUCCAUGUGGACAUCUCUAUUGUUGGUAAUGUCUCUAUACUGUAAUUUAUUAACAAUUAUUAUUAGUGGGCAGAAAAGAAGAAUCCAUUAUAAUGUCCAUAUUGUUCAAAUGUUUUUGAAUUAAACAAAGUCACAACUAUUUUUACAGGAGACUCAAAAGAAUCAAAAUAAUCAGAAAUCCCUAAAAGACCUACAAAUCCAAGACAAGAAUAGAACAAUUAAUAAUAAUAAUAACAAAAUUAACAAUUUGGAAACUUUUAAUUUGGUUUUAGUUUUGGUAUGCCAUUUAUGAUGAUGUCUAAUUUUAAUCUAGGAUAAGGUCAAUAAGCUAAUGCAAGAAGUUUUAUGCUUAUUUUUUUUAUUGGAUUUUUUAUGAUGAAUUUCUUACCCUUUUUUAGUUCUUAUACCUAAGAAAUUCCAUAAUAGACUUAAAGAUAAUCAAGGAGACAUCAAGAAAUAAUUUAAGAUGAUUAUUUUACAAAUUUCUUAAUCAGUAUGGUAAUUUUUCUUGGUUUUUACGGCUUCAGUUAAUUGGCUAAAAAGAUUUUGAAUAAUUGA